AAAGUGGCCUAUGGGGGCGGGCGCUGACGCUCUCCCACCCGCGGGUAAGAAGUUAGGGCCGGCCUUUUCCCCAACUUUCCUCCAGCCGUCAUGUCCGGCCAACUUUUCCUUUCUCCGCUCUUAGAUCUCUCCCUCUCGCUCUCCUCUAUUCUUUUCCCAUAUUCCAUUCUUCCCCCCCAUCGGUCCGUCCUUUUGUCUUACUUUGACCUUACUACCUUCCCCUUCUCUAUUAGCUGCCUUUUCAUCAUCCCUGUUCUAUCUGACCGACACUACUUUAGUUUCCUCCCCCUUCCCUGUUUGUGUUUCGCAGUCGCCCGCUCACUGGCCCUCGCCUAAUUGUUCCUGCGGUGGGGCGGCCUUCAAGGGCCAAUUUAUGAGGUACUACCUGCCGCCGGCAAAGGAUUCAUCUCUUCGGCCACCCUCUAUGGAAGAUGAACAUGCGUCCGGAAUUACCAUC